AUGUCUCCGGCAACAGAUAUCAAAGGCGAAAGCCACAAUGCGACGGGUUACAAGCCUCCUUCCGAGCGCCGCGGAUCUCUCGUCGUCGAUACGACGCUCGCGGGAGAAGAAGAUGCCGCUGUCCUUGCCAAGAUGGGGUACAAGCAAGAGCUCCGUCGUAACUUCAGUACGCUGGAAGUGGCCGGACUGGCCUUCAGCAUCAUGGGUUUAUUGCCCUCCAUCGCCAGUACAUUGAGUUAUUCGAUUCCCGCUGGGCCCGUUGGGCUAGUCUGGGGAUGGUUUCUUGCUUCUGGCUUCAUCUUCAUCGUCGGUUUGGCCAUGUCGGACCUGGCAAGCUCGAUGCCGACGAGCGGUGUUAAGUGGUCCCGCCUUUACUACUGGACGCAUUACUAUGCAUCUCCGAAGUGGCGCAACCCGCUGAGCUUCCUGGUGGGAUACAGCAACACGCUGGGCUUGGUUGGCGGGCUGUGUUCCAUUGAUUACGGAUUCUCGCUCAUGUUUCUCUCGGUGAUAGUAAUCGCCCGUGAUGGUAACUGGACACCCAGCAAUGGGACCAUCUACGGCGUCUUUCUGGCCACCGUCGCCUGCCACGGCCUUAUCGCUUCAACAAUGGCCCGUGUGAUGGGCAAGAUGCAGACCGUCUUCGUUGUGAUGAACUUCGUCUUGAUCUUCGCCACGGUCAUUGCGCUCCCGAUCGGCGCAAAACACAGACUCAACAGUGCUUCUUACAUCUUCACUAGAGUUGAGAACCUCACCACCUGGCCCUCCGGAUGGACAUUUAUGCUUUCUUGGCUGAGUCCCAUCUGGACGAUCGGUGGAUUUGACUCUGCAGUCCAUAUCUCUGAGGAGGCGACUAACGCAACGAAGGCGGCACCGUUUGGCAUUCUCUUCUCGAUCGGAUCGUGCUGGGUGUUUGGGUGGAUCUGCUGCAUCGUCAUUGCGGCCACUGUGGUUCAUGAUGUCGAGAGUCUACUGGGCUCGCCGUUUGGUCAGCCGAUGGCUCAGAUUUAUUACGACUCACUGGGAAAGAAUGGUGCCUUGGGAUUCAUGGCGCUGCUGAUGAUUGUUCAGUUCCUGAUGGGCAUCUCCAUCCUCGUCGCCGCCUCCCGUCAAGCGUGGGCCUUCUCUCGUGACGGCGCGCUCCCUUUCUCUAGCUUCUUCCGCCACAUCUCGAAGAAGUUUGGGUAUAUCCCGGUCCGCACGACCCUUGGCUGCGCUUUCCUUGCGGCGGUCCUCGGUCUGCUCUGCUUGAUUGCUCCUGCCGCGGCGUCUGCGCUCUUCUCCCUGGCCGUCGCGGGCAACAAUCUCGCCUGGGGAACUCCAAUACUCUGUCGCCUGGUCUGGGGCCAGCACAAGUUCUCCCCCGGGCCCAUCUACACGGGUCGUGCGUCCAUCCCUCUCGCUUGGAUGGCGAUUGUAUUUCUCGUGUUUGGGAUUUUGUUGAGCAUGUUCCCUGUCGGUGGACCAAAUCCGACGGCCGAGACGAUGAACUAUACUUGCGUAAUCAACUCGGCGGUUUGGGGUGGUGCGUUGUUGUACUAUUUCAUCGACGCGCGGAAGUGGUUCAAGGGCCCGCAGAUUACGAUCGACUUGAGCCAGUUGACGGAGGAGCAGGAAGCCGCCCUGAGGGAGGAGGGAUUGAAGGUGGCGGCCGAUGGGACUGCCGUCGUUGGUGGGAACAACAUUGAUGAGACCGAGGCCGGUAAGACGACAUAG